AUGAGUGCAGAUGAUGAUGCAAAGUGGUUGGAAUGGGUGACCAAGCAGUUUGAAAAUAUUGCUGGUGAGGAUAAGGAGAUUAAUUUGGAAGAAUUCAAGACAGCACUCAAAGUGAAGGAGUCUUUCUUCGCUGAAAGGUUUUUUACGCUGUUUGACUCUGAUGGGAGUGGCAGUAUAAGCUUGGACGAGUUACUGAAAGCUUUGAAUCUCCUCACACAUGGAAGUGAAACAGACAAACUACGAUUCCUUUUCCAGGUCUACGAUGUUGAUGGCAGUGGUUCCAUAGACCCAGAUGAGUUACGCAUCGUCCUCAAAUCCUGUUUACGGGAAAGUGCCAUUUCCUUACCGGAGGAAAAGCUUGAUGAUCUCACAAUGGCUCUCUUCGAGUCAGCUGACAAAGACAACAGUGGCGCCAUUACGUUUGAGGAGCUCAAGGAAGAACUGGAGAACUUUCCAGAAGUAAUGGAGAACCUGACAAUAAGUGCUGCCAAUUGGCUAAAGCCACCAGCAACAGAGAAGUACACAAGGCAGACCCCGCGGUAUCUGACACCAGCCUACUGGCACAAUAAUAGCCGCAAGCUGCUCUUCAUGUGCUGUUACAUCCUCGUCAAUAUCUUUCUUUUCACGUUUGCUGCACUAAAACACGUUGACGUUGGUGGAUGGGUCAUGUUGGCUAAAGGUUGUGGGCAGUGCCUUAACUUUAACUGUACUUUCAUCGGGGUCCUUAUGCUACGCCGAUGUCUGACCUGGUUAAGAGCAACUUGGGUGGUGAGGAUUCUACCUUUGGAUCAGCAUGUACUCCUGCACCAGCUGGUGGGAUUUGCUAUAUUUGGACUGAGUGUUGUUCAUGCUAUUGCUCAUCUCAUAAACUUUGUGAAUUUGACUUUCAGUGGUGGAACCUACCAGCUAUGGGAGUACCUCUUCACAACAAGACCUGGGAUUGGUUGGAUUUAUGGAACGGCAUCCAUUACUGGAGUAAUUUUGCUGCUUCUGAUAAUUUUGAUGUUAAUCUGUUCAAGUACAUUUGUUCGCAGGAGUGGACAUUUUGAGGUGUUUUAUUGGACACACUUGAGUUAUAUUUGGGUCUGGUCUCUGUUAAUCCUCCAUGGCUCCAACUUCUGGAAGUGGUUUGUGGUCUCUGGAUUCUUGUUCCUUAUGGAAAAAAUAGUGGGAAUCACAGUUUCACGAAUUGGUGGCACUCAGGUUGUGGAGGUUAACUUACUGCCAUCUAAGGUUACCCAUCUCGUAAUCAAAAGGUCGCCGUUCUUUCACUACAAACCCGGAGAUUAUGUGUAUGUCAAUAUUCCAGCAAUAGCCAAGUAUGAGUGGCAUCCAUUUACCAUCAGCAGUGCUCCAGAGCAGCAAGACACUAUUUGGCUCCAUAUCAGGAGCCUCGGCCAAUGGACCAACCAACUCUACGAAUACUUCCGACAACCUGAACUCCUGGGCAACGAACCAAAGCGGCUGACAAGAAAUCUGAGGAACAAGAAAUACCAGAAGUCUGCGCAGGAGCACCUUGGUAACUUGAUUGCCUCUAAUGAAUCAGUGGCGACCAACAAGGAAGACAUGGUGGAGCUGACAUCAUAUAAACCACGACAGUGCUGUCAGAACGAGCCCUUGGAAGUGAACAUCAAAAUGGAUUGUACUGAUGUCCCUCAGCCCAAGGAGGUCUCGACAAAACUGAGUGACAAUCAUCGAUACUGUAACAUUAAGUGUUACAUCGAUGGGCCGUAUGGAACACCUACCAGGACAAUCUUCACUUCAGAGCACGCAGUGCUCAUUGGCGCUGGCAUUGGUAUCACCCCAUUCGCUUCCAUUUUGCAAAGCAUCAUGUACAGGUAUCGCAUGAGGAAACAGAAUUGUCCCAACUGUAGUUACUCCUGGUGUGAAAACGUGAAGGACAAUGAAAUGAGUUUGAGGAAGGUUGACUUUAUUUGGAUCAACAGAGACCAGAAAUCAUUUGAGUGGUUUGUUAGCCUCCUGACUAAACUGGAGAUGGACCAGGCUGAUGAAGAGCCUCAGGGUAGAUUCUUGGAGAUGCACAUGUACAUGACCUCAGCUCUCAGUAAAAAUGACAUGAAGGCUUUAGGUUUACAGAUGGCUCUGGAUCUGUUAGCUAAGAAGGAGAACCGUGAUUCCAUUACAGGCUUGCGAACCAGAACACAGCCAGGUCGUCCAGACUGGGCCAAGGUUUUCCAAAAGAUUGCUGAAGAAGGAAAAGGGAAAGUCCAUGUUUUCUUUUGUGGUUCCCCUGUCCUGGCUAAAACAAUCAAAGCUCAGUGUGAACAUUUUGGCUUCAAAUUCUACAAAGAAAACUUCCAGUGA